AUGUCGUCAGAUCUUAGUGGGCAUUUCCAUGAUAUGGCUCUAAGUAUGUUUGUAGCAUAUAAAGCCUUGCUAUUUAAUGAAACGCCCGUAGCGUGUAUUGUGAAAAACACCAAAACUGGAGAAGUUACAAGCAUAGGGUAUAACUAUACCAAUACAUCACUUAAUGGAACCCAACAUGCCGAAUUCAUAGCCAUGCAACGGUUUAAAGAUCAAGAUGUGAAUUAUAAAGAUUUAGUGGUGUAUGUUACCGUUGAGCCGUGUAUUAUGUGUGCGUCAUUCUUGCGACAAUUAGGCAUAGGUAAAGUAUAUUAUGGGUGUGGGAAUGAUAGGUUUGGUGGAACGGGCACUGUUUUGUCGGUGCAUGAUGAUCCUAAUUUAGGAGAGGGGAGGUAUGAGAGUAUUGGUGGGAUAAUGAGAACUGAAGGUAUCCAGUUGUUACGAAACUUUUACAUUCAAGAGAAUGAAUCGGCUCCACAACCCAAGAUUAAAAAGAAUAAAGAAAUUGAAACAAAGGAGUUCCCACGCAAUGAGUUUAAGUUUCUGGAAGAUCAAUUCAUAGAAAAUUACGGAAAAGAAAGAAUACCGUUAUACAAUGACGGCGUGAAAGAGUUGACUCCGGUGUUUGGAAAAGGUUAUUCUGUUCAUGAUCUCAUCGACAUCUCAUCAGUAAAAGCACUUCCGUAUUUGGAACAAGAGUUAGGUGAAAUAACCCAAGAUCAACUUAACGAGUUCUGCGAUCUUUUCUUUAACAUUCACGACAAUGGUGAAAUCAACUAUGACAAACCAAUCAGAAAAUACAAUGCAAAGAAAAGACAUUUAGAAGAGUAG